CGCACAGAUUUUGAAAAUCACAGCUAUCAGAUACAAAGUAGAAUCCUGUUUUGCAUCAUGGACUUAAUACCGCCAAGCUAUUCGUUCACUAUUCCUUCCCUCUACGAUGCUGUCCAUCUCGAAUGCCGUCUAUUUCACUCUCCGAGGUCAGUGCACGCCCGUGGGAAACGCAAGGUAGAAAAGAAAGCAGCGAUUGUGGCUCACCCGUAUGCCCCACUUGGAGGAUGUUUUGAUGACCCCAUUGUGGGUGUGAUUACAGACGAGCUUUUACAAGCAGGCUAUGUUGUAGGCACUUUUAACUUAAGAGGUGCAGGGGAAUCGCAAGGCCGGACAAGCUGGACCGCUAAGCCGGAGCUGGCGGAUUACAUCUCUUUCUAUGGGUUCGUGAUCCAUUAUAUGCACAAUCUUCUCAUAGAAGACGGCUCCCAAUUGUCUGGAGAAAUCCGUUCGCCAGUUGAAGAGGAUGAUUAUCCCUCUGUAAAGGGAGAAGAUGAUAAUAUGAAGCUUAUCCUAUCUGGAUAUUCCUUUGGAUCGAUGUUGGCCACCCUUCUUCCUUCGGCGGUUCAAGUUGUUGAGACGUUUUCAUCCGCCGAGGAUGAUAGCUCGGCUAUGAAGAUCAGGCGAAUAGCCCUUGAAUUGGCGCGUGAACACAGCUUAUCCAUCAGACCCGCUACUCCCUCUGGAACAUGUAACUAUCAACCAGAAUCGCGGGUAUUAGGGCGGAUAGGCAAGGGAGUAGAGAAAAUCAAUCCGUCGCCUCCGGAUGUUCACUAUCUCCUGGUCUCCCCGAUACUACCUCCGGUGUCACUUUUCGUGACCAUGUCGUUUUUCGCUUCACAUAAAAAUCUUAGCACAACCGUCGACGGGUCUUCGAUCACUGGGCUUCUACCUGAAGAAGCGCUGACAAGUCAUCGAAGUCUCGCCAUCUACGGGGACAGUGACUUCUUUACUUCGAUCAAAAAGUUACGAGAUUGGUCUCGUGAACUAUCGAGUAAACCCAAUUCGUCAUUCGAGUUCUUAGAAAUCCGAGGAGCAGGUCACUUCUGGCGCGAAAACGGAGUAGAAUUUUUAUUGAAAAGCGCCAUACGAGACUUUUCGUUGGCGAGGUAG